CCGUUCUCCUCCUCCCUUGAUUCCUCCCUCUUCAGGGGGCACCAACAUGUGCCACUGUGGUGACAGUUGGGUAGUUUAUGCCAGUUACAGUGCCAGCAUGAAUGUGAGAGAGAGAAUGUAAAGAAGGGUACUUAGGGGAUGGGAGUUAGGGGAGGAGUAAAAAUAGCCCAGUACUUGAUGUUGGUUUGCAUGUCAGCCGGGAGAACCUGAGCUGUGGGGAGUGAUAGGCAGACAGUUGUAGUGAACUAGAGACUGGGCUCUUUACGUAAAGACUGACCUAUAUUUGUAGUCUCUGCUUCCCUCUGACUUCAUGUAGGGAUAUUGUCCGUCUGGUGCUUGUCAAGUGCUCAGGACCUUUGCGCUUCACAAUAUUCAACAGGUUUGAAGUUACAUACCUUACACCGGUCGUCCGUCUUCCUGACAGUCGUCAGUGGCAAGAUGCUGGGUCAUGUGUUGUCAUUCGGCCGCUCCCUGGUGAGGAGGAAGGUUGUGGACAUGAACAGCCUGGAGGACUCUAAGCUGUGUCGCUGCCUGGGAACCGUGGACCUCAUUGCCCUGGGAGUGGGCAGCACCCUGGGGGCGGGGGUGUACGUCCUGGCCGGGGAGGUGGCCAAGGGGAACUCCGGUCCCAGCAUCGUAGUCUCCUUCCUCAUCGCCGCCCUGGCCUCUGUCAUGGCGGGCCUCUGCUACGCCGAGUUCGGAGCCCGCGUGCCCAAGACCGGCUCCGCCUACCUGUACAGCUACGUGACGGUCGGGGAGCUGUGGGCCUUCAUCACCGGCUGGAACCUCAUCCUCUCAUAUGUGAUAGGCACCUCCAGUGUGGCCAGGGCUUGGAGUGGGACGUUUGAUGAGCUGAUUGGAGGACACAUCGAGACCUUCUGCAAAAACUACUUCAGCAUGAACUCUCCAGGCCUGGCACAGUAUCCCGACUUCUUUGCGGUCUGUCUAAUUCUCCUUCUGUCAGGCCUCCUGUCAUUCGGAGUGAAGGAGUCAGCCUGGGUGAACAAGGUCUUCACCGCUGUCAACGUGAUGGUGCUCCUGUUUGUCAUCAUCUCCGGCUUCGUGAAGGGAGACCCACACAACUGGAAAAUCUCUGAAGAAACUCUCAUCAAUGUCACCAUUGGCAAACGGAACCUGUCUGCAGCUGCUAAUGUCACCAGUGAUUAUGGCGUGGGAGGUUUCAUGCCCUUCGGCUUCAGUGGGACCUUGGCCGGAGCUGCAACUUGCUUCUACGCGUUUGUGGGAUUCGACUGCAUUGCAACGACAGGCGAAGAGGUAAGGAACCCUCAGAAGGCCAUUCCCAUUGGCAUUGUGGUGUCCCUGACGGUGUGCUUCCUGGCGUACUUUGGUGUGUCUGCUGCCCUGACCCUGAUGAUGCCCUACUAUCUCCUGGAUGAGAAGAGCCCCCUGCCCAUGGCCUUUGAAUAUGUGGGCUGGGGCCCGGCCAAAUAUGUGGUGGCUAUAGGGUCACUCUGUGCCCUGUCAACUAGUCUGCUGGGCUCCAUUUUCCCUAUGCCACGUGUAAUCUAUGCUAUGGCAGAGGACGGGGUGCUUUUCAAAGCCUUAGCCCGAAUCAAUCCUAAGACGAAGACCCCGCUUAUUGCCACAAUGAGCUCCGGUGUAGUUGCAGCGAUCAUGGCUUUCCUUUUUGACCUGAAAGCCUUAGUAGACAUGAUGUCUAUUGGAACUCUUCUGGCCUACUCUCUGGUUGCGGCCUGUGUUCUCAUUCUCAGGUACCAGCCGGACGUUCCCUUUGAAAAACCAGGGUUUAACGGGGAGAAGCUGGGCCUAACAUCUCCAGAAGGAGAGUCGGAGCUGACGGAGUCCGAGUCUCAGCUCAACAUGCUGAAGGGAGGAAGCUCCGUCCUGCAGACCGUUCUCAAACCUCCGCCCGCUCCAACCGAACAGUCCUCCUCUGUGGUCAACAUGGCGGUCUGUUUCUUAGUGGUGACGGUCUGUGUGAUCAGCGCUCUGACUACUUACCAUGGCCAGGCCGUCAUCGACAUGGAGGCCUGGAUCCUGUGUUCUCUGGCCCUGGCCCUGGUCCUCUUCAUUGGCUGUGGGGUUCUCAUCUGUCAACAGCCCCAGACCCACAGGAAGGUCUCCUUCAUGGUCCCACUCAUACCGUUCCUCCCCAUCGUGAGCAUAUUUGUCAAUGUUUACCUGAUGGUCCAGCUGAGCGGCGACACCUGGAUACGCUUCUCCAUAUGGAUGGCUGUUGGUUUCGUAAUCUACUUUGGCUAUGGGAUGUGGCACAGCGUGGAGCGCCAGCGCAGGCUCCAAGACGCCCUCAGCAGCACUGCAAAGCAGGAGAAGACCAGUCAUUUCUGAAGAUCUGACCAAUAUCCCACAGAGACUCCAGAAGGUCAACUGGCGACUCACUGCCCGAGCCAGGACGGACCAUUACAAGCACACGGACGAUGUUCCUAGUUACACACAGAGUAGACGGCCACUUGCCAGCUUUACCUCCGUCCCAUCGCUCUACCCGUGGACUGGGUCACGUGAUGCAUUCAUGUGACUUUGAGCGACGAGGCGACCUCGUGAUUGAUGUCUGUCGCCUUGACCAAUUAGGAAAGGCUACCUUAUGGGGAUUGUUCUGGAAGGUGGGGAGUCGUUACAACCUUAGUCCACUAUUUGGGACAGAAGACAGGUAAUACUGGAAAUGAGAGCUUUGCAAUUAACUUAUUAACAUGGACGUGGAACGGUUUCUUAUUUGGUUUUGGCCUGAUUUCUUGUGGCCUUUUCUUAUAAGUCAAUCUUUCUUCUUGAUCAGUUCACACAGAGGGUUUGUUAAGCACACAUUCUUUGCUGUUAGAAUCUAUUGCCUUUAGACCACAGAUGGGCCACGGUCAGGGUGUGGCCACAGAAAUAUCUGAAUGAAUCCAGAGAAGUUCCCCAAAUCCAUACACCCAUUUCCUUGAGCCCUUGACAUGGUCAUUCUGAUUGUGUGCGCAUAAGCAAACACAUUUAAAGAUUAUUUCACCAACCUGAUUGGCCAGUAGAAAAGAUCUAGAUUCCAGCCCCUUACCUGUUUAAACAGCCGUUGGUCUAUUAUGAUCAGCCUUGUGACAUCAGGCAGUUACCCAAAGUGCCAUCACAUGCUGAUAAAAUCACCUUACAGUUUGUGUGAAACUGUCACGUCAAAGUAUUUUUUACAAUAUACCAAGUAAGGGAAUUUAUCUUGGGGCCACAAAAACAGUGUCCGUUCAUCUCAAUCUUAAAUGUGUGCUAUUGGAAACUUUGCCUUAGUGUUAAAAGGACAGUAGGUAAGUUGAUAGAAAGUUUUUUAUACUGUGCUAGUAUUAGUAGAUUGUUAGAGAACCACUUGCAUUUUCUCUGACAGACAUAGACAGAAAAAACUAAGGGUUUAUGAAAUGUACACUAAAUCUUAAAUCACAGCUUUUAACUAGUGCCCACAUUCUGAAUGUAUAUUCUGUAUAAACAAACUUGUGAAUAGCAAUUUAUUACAAUAACAGAUGUGAUUUAACUGCCAGUGAAUGUAAUUCCUGAAACUGUUAUUAGAUUUGAAUUUAUCUAGUUUUCCAAAAUGUUAUAAAGGAUUUCUAACCUCUGUGGACUGUAUUUAACUUCUUGAUUUAAUGUUCUUGAUACAGGUGUUGUUGGUGUCCUACUCAAACGCAAGUUUGCCUAGUCUGCAAAAAUGUAUUCCGAUUGCUUGGUUGUGUUGCUGUGUCAGUGAGUGUCACAAUCAUGUUUCGCGAACAUUGCAUCGAUUUGAAAUGGAGAGAAUCUGAUAAUUGUUCUGUGUUUGAUAUCACUUGCGUUUUUUUAAGCAAGUGUUCCAUAUCGCUUAGGAGAUUUUUCUGUUUGUUUAUUUGGACUGUCAUGAAUAAUUGACCAUUGCAUGGCAUAAUGACCUCGGCCAGUUAAUCCCUGCACUAUUUAUGAAUAAUGUCUUAGCAUCACAGAAAACAUGUACCAUACAUAUUUUGUAGGAUAAAACCCCAGGGACAGUAAUCAUUAUAUUAUUCUCGAAAGAUUACAAUGAAACUUGCUGUUAUAUACAUUUUCAAUCCUUUUUAACAUUCACAUUGUAAUCCUAGUCUGUGGUCAAUCAGUAUUUAAAAUGGGCCUCUCCUUUCAGCCUUCUAGUUUUCUAUUUUUAUAGAAGAGGUUUAUUAGGUCUAUUUUGUAUCUCUACUUUGGCUUCAGUGAUCUGCAAGAGAGAUAUUGCUUUUCAAUGUUAUUUUCUUGGAAUUGCUGUGUAAUCUGUCUCUUGUAAGAAUUGUACUAAAAUUCCCACAAUAAGAAUAGUAUUUGGGAACUUUUGCAAAGUUAACAGAUUUUCUGCAAAUAUAUGGAAUUAUUUUUGUCGUAUGUUGCAGUUAAUCUACUGUUAAAGCUCUUAGAUUUGUGAUGUGAUGGUAAAGUCAACUCAUUCUCUGAUAUUGAUCAAUCCUGGACUAUCUUUAUUGUUAUUGAUUUUGAUAUACAUUUUUAUUUGAUCUUCUUGAAUGCUAAAUGAUUGAGAUGGUACUAUAUAAUGUCAUGAUCAUUUACUGCAACAGCAUUUUCUUUUACAUAUGAUGAUUUAACUUCAGUUUAAAUCGAGUUAGGUUUAUUAAACGUGGAACAAAAGAGCAGAGGACAUUUUCUCCCGAGGACCAAGAUCAGUGGUUGCCAACAUAUUCUAGGUAGCUUUUGUAGUAGCUUAUUAUAUCAACUGAAUGAUCUUCUGUACAUGUACUCAUUAAGUAAUAAUUGCAGUAUUUUUAAGUAAUAAUUGCAGAGUUAUAAAUUGCUUCUACUAACAACUACACUGAUGCCAAUAAAUGUAUUUUUAAUUAAGA